AAAUCGUGUGGACUUCAUGUGCCAUAUGAAACCAAGUGAAAGGAAAAGUUCCUCUUCAUCUGGGAAAGAAUCUGGAAACUGGACCCUGGUAGAUGAAGGAGGAGAAGAGGAUGAGGAUCCUGAAACAAGCUGGAUUCUGCUUUUGGAAGAUGACUUGAUUGCCCUGUUGUCACAGUUUCCAUUUCAUGAACUCUUUCAGCAGUUCCUUGGGUUUAAGUCUGGAGGUGCUUACUUUCCUGAAAAAACUACUCCCCAGGAGAUGAUGAAGAUUUUUGCUUUUGCAAACUCCUUAGUGGAACUUCUGUCUGCAGGGUUAGAAACAUUUAACAGAGCACGAUACCGACAGUUUGUGAAGCGAAUUGGUCAGCUGAUCAAGAUGACGCUUUGUCAUGUGAGUGACCACUGGGCCCAAUACUUUAGCGUCAAUAAACAAUACGGAUCUGUAGCACAUCCCUACUCUGUGGAAAAAUUGCAACUGGAGUUCGAUGAGCUGUUUUUUAGAGCUGUUCUGCAUGUUCUGAAGGCAAAAAGGUUGGGAGUCUGGUUGUUCAUGUCCGAGAUGCCUUAUGGAACCUUAUCCUGCAACAUGCUUUGGAGGCUCUUCUUUGUCAUGCACUGUGCGGAGAGCGAGCACCUGGAAAAGCUCUGCUCUACUCUGCAACCUGCUGACUGCAAACAAAGACUCAAAGACCCAGAGCAUCUUGAAAAUUUUGAAAAGUAUCUGAAAUCAAUGAACUGCUCAGAAGAAAUUUGUCUGCUCACCACAUUUGCUCAGAUGGCACAAACCAAACGGGCUGAUGUUGAUGAGGAUUUUAUCAGAAUCAUUGCUCUGGAGAUAUAUGAGGUGUCUUAUGUUAGUCUUUCCACAAGAGAGACCUUUUCAAAAGUUGGUCGGGAGCUCUUGGGAGCGAUUGCCAGCAUCCAUACACAGAUUAUUUCUGUGGUGCUGGAUCGAGUGAGAGAGACCAUCGAGAAAGUCGGGAUGGUUGCUUUAUAUCUGUUUAAAGAACUGCCGUUGUACCUGUGGAAGCCUUCUGCGUCUGAGAUAUCACUGAUUCGUGACUGGUUAUUAAAUUACAGUCUAACGACAGUGGAGAAUAAACUAGCCUGCAUUAUCUUGGAAGGGCUAAACUGGGGAUUCGGUGAGCAUCAGGAUGCUUUUCAUCUGGAUCCAGCUGUCCAUUCUGAAGUUGCAUUGACGGUCCUGGAAGCAUAUCAGAAAUAUCUCUCCCAGAAGCCAUAUGCUGGGCUGCUUUCUGAAAGCAUAAAGCAGGUCUCCUACUUAGCCAGCAUUGUUCGUUACGGAGAAACACCAGAGACUUCCUUUAACCAGUGGGCCUGGGGUUUGAUUUUGAGGUUAAAGCUUCACAGAAACGACCGUGGCAUGCAGCAUGGCUGGCCUGCAGUCCCCACGUCCGACAGUGUGCUCGACACGACGGAGUCGGUCGCGCUUCACCCGCUCCUGAAGGCCGUUAAAGCAGGCAUCCCUAUCGGCUGUUACCUGGCGCUGGCGAUGACCACGCUAGGUCACAACAUUGAGAAGUUCUGUGCGGAAGGGAUCCCUCUUCUGGGUGUGCUUGUCCAGUCUAGAUAUCUGAGAACGGUAGUCCAUGUGCUGGAUAAAAUUUUACCCUUAUUUUACUCUUGCCAGUACUAUCUCCUGAAGAAUGAACAGUUUUUAUCUUACGUUCAACUGUUCCUUCAUCUGGAUAGUGGAGUCCCUCAAGGCAUGACCCAGCAGGUUACUCAUAAAGUAACACAGCACUUGACAGGAGUGAGCUAUGGAGAAAAUGUUAAGCUGCUUAGUAGUAUGAUACAGACUCACAUUUUUCGAAGUGACCAGCCAAACGGAGUGGGGCCGGCUGCGGUACUGGAGUUCUGGGUUCAGGCCCUCACCAGCCAGCAGCUGUGGCACAGGGACCGGGCAACACUCUUCUUGCUGGAUGACUUAUGUAAAGCUGCUUUUCAGUACAGUCAAGAGGACUGUGUACAAAAGCUGCUUUACCAACAACACAAGAAUGCUUUGGGCUAUCAUUGUGACAAAGGUCUGCUUUCUUCGCUUGUUAGCUGGAUUGUGGCAGGGAAUGUGACACCUUCCUUUGUUGAGGGCAAUGCCAAUCCCUCUCAGGUCUGGUUUUCAUGGAUGGUGUUAAAUAUGGAGUCAAUAUUUGAAGAAGAUUCACAGCUUCGCAGAGUUGUGGAGGGGGAGUUGGUUAUUAAUGCUUUGACUCCUGAUCAAGCUUUAAAGAAAGCGCAGACCCAGCUGAAGCUGCCCAUUGUACCCUCCCUUCAGAGGCUCAUGAUUUACCGCUGGGCUCACCAGGCUCUUGCUACCCCUGCUGAUCACCCCCUCAUGCCGCUAAUCUGGCAGAAAUUCUUCCUCCUUUACCUUCACCGACCAGGACCACAAUAUGGAUUACCUGUAGAUGGCUGUAUUGGAAGGCGUUUUUUCCAGAGUGCAGCUCACGUUACCUUACUAAAUGAAAUGAAGCAGCGCUUAAUAGAGGUAGCCGACUUCCACCAUGCUGCCAGUAAAGCGCUCAGAGUGGAGAGUCCUGCAGAGGGCAGUGACAGAUCACCAGAGAAGGCGAGCUGCUCACCGGAUUACCUGACUUCACCAGAGCUGCAUAAGGAACUUGUCAGGCUUUGUAAUGUUUUUGUCUUGUGGUUGGAAGAAGAAAGUUUCCAGAAAGGAGACACGUACAUUCCUUCUUUACCAAAGCAAUACGACGUCCAUAGGCUUGCUAAAGUGAUGCAGAACCAACAGGAUCUGUGGAUGGAGUAUGUCAAUGUUGAACUCGUACACCAUGAAUUUCAGGAAGCUCUAAACCUUUGGCUGCAGGUUCAGCUUGAAUUGCAUACAAACUGUGUUUCUGCAGGGCAAACAGAUUUCACCAACCCUUUAUCAGCCAAAGAGAGGGUAAUGAAUAAUUUGAAGAAGUUUGAUACUCCAAAGCCCCCUCUUCCACUCCAGACGAUGAAAGCUCCUGUGCCAGUUAUUUCCUCUGGCAGUCUAGUAAGUCAGAAAGAAGCAAUUCAGCUCAUGCGUGGGGACCUCAACAUCUUGCAGCGACACGCCAAAACUGCAGCUCUCUGGGAAUCUCAGCAUGUUGCUCUUAACGGUGAAAUACUGGAAACAGUACCUAAGCUGUAUGUCAAUCGGGAAGAGCAGAUCACCCUCCAUUUGGAGUGCCGUGGAACUUCAAAUAAAGGCUGUCAGGGAGCAGCUCUCCUGACCAUCCAGUUUGAAGGGAAACAUAAAAAUGAAGCAGUGAGCCAGCAGCUUCAUGCUUUGCGUAAAGAAGUGAGACAACUGCAGGCAGAAGCUACGAAGCCACCUUCUCUGGGUGUUGUGGAAGCAGCAGUACAUGUGGAAAAUUUUAUAAC